AGACAUGAUAUCCUGAAACUCCCUUUUCUCUUUCUUAUGUUUCUUUCUUUUUCUCUUUCUUCCUCUUUGAGAAAAGUUUUUCGUUGCAACGAAUUGAAAAACUUUUAUCAAACUUUUAUUUUUCUUACCAAACUUUCAAUCUUAUCUUACUGAUUGACUUAUUGACUUAACAAUUAACUUUUGUUGAUUUGUUGUUUAUUUCAUGAAAACUUUUACAUUUAAGUGUUUGUUUAAAUAAUUAACUGAUAAAUUGUGUUUUAAUUUCUCAUUGGACUUUUUUUAAUCACCAAUUAAGUAGCAAAAUGGUUGUUGAAAUUAAGACAAGUUCAAAGAUUAACUCUAAUCUACCAAGUAUUAAGGUUCAACCUAAAGGUGAUUCAAGUGUAAUUAAUGUUGAUCAAUCAGGAGACAAUCAUGUAGACGAUAAACAAUUAACUUGUUGUAAUCAAGUUACAUCUACAAUUGAAUAUAUAAUAUUUGAUAUUCGUUGGGUUCAAGUGAUUUAUCAUUUAUCGUUAAUUGGAGCAACUCUUUAUGGGAUAACAAAAGAUUCCGUUUUAUUCAUAACCAAUCCCCAUGAUCCCCAGGUAACACCAAGAUUAUAUACUUGGGCCUUUGGUUUCACCUUGGCAAUAUUUGGCAGUAUCGGUCUAUCGGCGGGAUGUCAUCGGCUCUGGUCCCACCACUCGUAUAAGGCCAAACUUUUCAUGAGAAUACUUUUGGCCUUAAUGUUUACCUCAGUGGCCGAGAGUACAAUUUAUUACUAUGUUAAACACCAUCGAGCUCAUCAUGUGUUCAUUGAUACUCAUGCUGAUCCUCAGAAUGUUCAUCGAGGAUUUUGCUUCGCCCAAUUGGGUUGGCGAUUCAUGAAACCUCGACCUGAAUAUCGGACCAAAGUUAAAACCCUCGAUUUUACUGACGCUCUUUCCGAUCCUGUUGUUAAAUAUCAAAAGAUGUUUUUCGCUCCACUUGCUCUUAUUCUUGGUUUUGUACUCCCCACUCUGAUUCCUUACUACUGUUGGGGUGACAGUUUGCUCCACGCUUUCUUGAUCGGUGCUUGUACUAAGUCUUGUGGAGUGAUUUUCGUCCAUGGUCUCCUUGGUUCGGUUAGUCACAUGUACGGCCAACGACGAUACAAUAAUAAGAUCACAGCUCGAGAUAUUGGCCUCAUGUCAGUGAUCGCUGCUGGUGAAGGUUAUCACAAUUUCCAUCACACUUUCCCCUACGAUUACACCGUUUCCGAGUUCGGACAAACUUUCAACAUCUCCAAACUGUUCAUCGAUUUCUUUGCACUUUUCGGUCAAGCAUAUAACCUCAGGAAAGUCGCACCCGAAUUCAUCGAAAAGGCCAAAAACAAAACUCUCAACAUGAGUGAAGUUCCUGCGGUUUAAAACUUAAAACUUUUUUUUUGUCCACAAACUGACAAUCAACUAAUCAACUUUCCUUUAAUCAUUCACCUCAUAUGAUAAUCAAAUUAAUCUAAUCAUCAUCACAAUCAAAUUCAUUUUCAUUCCAAAUCAAUUUUCCCUCCUCUGGUUCGGUGGGUUUUUUUUCUCUCCGUCACAAUUAACCUUAAUUGUUACACUUUCGAUUUAACUGAGUCACAAUUGCGACUUGUGGAUUUUCACUUAAUUAUUACAAAUAAAUUGCAAGUUAAUUGUUUGAAAA